AAACCAGUCGUCCGGACCUGCAGUAUAUUCAGUAGAACGUUGAUUCUGAAAGUAACACCAACCAUCGAGCAUCGCCAGGAUGAGCAACCGAGUGGAGAUUGUGCUAACCUUGUUGGUCGCCCUACUGACAGGGGCAUCAACAGCUAGAACAAACUCCCAAUACUACAGGGAAAGUUACAUUUCUUCUAACUUCCAAGGAUCACCCUUUGCCAGGAGCAACUCAUAUAACGCCAGAGAAGCUUACGUUCCUUCCAACUUCCAAGGGUCAACCACUGCUAGAAUCAACUCGCAAGACACCAGAAAGACCAGUGGUUUUGAAGACGACAUCCGCGCGACCUGUUGGAAGAAAACCGGAUCACAUGAGUCCUUCAAUGAGAUCCAAUCAAUUCUCGAGUCAGUGCCCGGGUGUGUCGAGGAAAAAAUGGAUGUGGAAAGAUUUCCCAAUGAUACGAAAUCGUUGUCCAUGGCGACCCGGAAGAAGUUCUUUGCGAAAUACUGUCCCCAGCUGCAGGAUUCGAUUGUUUGCUUUACUCCCGUAAUCGACAAAUUUCGGACUUGUCUCGAAAAGAAUGAAACGCAACUUUUGGAUAUUGUUGUCAACGUGGUUCCAGAUGCUAUCAGACUCAUUUGCCGAAACGAUGGUGAAAUAUUUUUCAUGAAUAACAGAAGCUUCUUCCCGUGCUUUGAGAGUAUGGGAGAUUAUGCAAAUGAAUGCCUCGGAAGAAUUUCAAAAUCUACGGAUGCGAUGGACCUGUCUAAAUACGGUGCCAAACAGUGUGGAGAGAUUGCCGAAAUGCGCGAAUGCCUUGGGACGAAGCUAAAUGAGUGCAAUGCGCCUCGGAUGCUCGACGUCAUUGAUCUGUUCUACCGUCCAGUGAUGAAAUCGACUCCUUGCAAACGCUACAUCGAUUUUGAAGUCUAUGAAAGCAAUGAAAUAACUUUUUUCUAGCAACUGGUUUUGUUAACGUCACUGCGACUUUUGUUUUUGUUGCCACAUCGUCGAUAACACUUUGUUUGUAAACCAACGCUGCAGUUAAGCAUAUACAGCCAAUAAUGCAAUGUUGAAAUCUUCUAGAGAGGCAUACUGAGAGAUUGUUUAUUGGAUCAGUGAAAUCAUUCUUAUGACUUUUCUGUGCAAGCAAUCAUUGAUUGGUUAUUUUACUUUCAACGUACGUUUAUCCAAUACUCGAGGAAAUGAAUUUAAGAUUUUAAUGAUAACAAGAUCUUGGUCCUUAUGUAGGGGAACAUAGGGAGACUUGACCAAGCGAGAGAUUUAAGGGGUUACACCACUGUAGAGCACAAAAAAUAGCCAUUUUUCAAAUUUUUUUCUUGGCGCAAUAAAGAAGUGAAUCGAGAUCUAGUUAAAUACGAUUUAUAACAUAAGUAUCGAAUAACAUAAAAUAUUUUUUAUCGAAUAACAUAAAAAUAAUUGAAAAUUUGAACAUUUUUGUAUCGUUUUCUUCUUCCAUGUUUUGGAAUAUCUUUUUAACUUCCUAAAGCACGUUUUAGACUAAUUUAUGGAAAAUCGAUUUUUGUAAAAUUCUACAGUAAUGUAACCCCUUAACAAUUAUCAAUAAUGUGUUCUAUUUGGUUCUUAUUUUUUUUUCAAAUAUUUGUAUGCUUGUUUCGAUCCCAUCAGGUAAUUUUAAAAGCACGCAGGGAAAAAUCUUUCACUCAUAGAAAAUAUUCCGUAAUUCAUGAAUUUGCGUUAAAUGAUAUAUUUUUCUAUCGAACUUUGAAUGGACAUAUCUACUAGAGUAAUUUUUUUCUAUAUAACUCAUAUACCGUGUUAUUCCUUAUGAAGUAGUGAAAUGAUUCUACAUCGACCGGAAUAUUGGAAUAGUUAUUUAUAAAAUUAGCACGACAUUGAACGUACGAACUAAUGUUGGGGAGACUUGACAAAGUGGAAAUAAGCUGAAGAAAGAUAAAUAAUUUCUGAUAUUUACUAUUCUGUGGUACCCACGGUGAAUUUUGUUCACAUCACAAAAAAAAUCUCACUUUAAAAACCAGUCUAUAUCUUUAUAGUACCAGUCGACAAAGUUAACAGUUAUAAAACCACGUAUAAACAUGCAAUGUAAUCAGUACAGUUAAUCCCAAAAUAAUAAAAAUUCAUGAAAUACAGUCCUUCUAUAUUUUUACGGGUAAUAAGAACCACGACAAUAUGAAAAAAAUGCUUCAUCAUGUUUUAUGCCAUUAUUUUUUGUUCUAAUAUUUUAAAAUUCUCUUGGUCAAGUUUCUCCACGCCACGCUCCCAACGCGAGGAGACCAGAAAAAAAUGAUCCCAGAAAAACUUUUAUAACUUUUGAAAAAGCAAAUUAACAAUUCUGCAAAGAAUCAUGAAUACGCACAAUACUUUUGCACAUUACAUUUCAACGAGUUUUGCAGGAUUGAAAACUUUUAAACAUUUUUAUAAGUUUACGUAGGUUUAACUGAAAACCUGGUCAAGACUUCCUAUGUUCUCCUCCAUGUUAUAUAAUACCCGUUUUUGAAUUUGGUAUAUAUUCUGCAACAGAUGCGUUAGUACAAAACAAGAACCAAAUCCUUUAAGGUUGAAUUUGGUUCCUUGCUAUAAAAAUCAAUUUCUCAAUCGGCCAGAAUACUGCGCUCAAACACCCAGCGUAGACGCUCCGGAAUAGCAAAUAGUGCAGGUAUCAAACAAUGUAAAUCGAGGCCAGCAUAAGUAA